AUGUCGUAUCCUAUCAAUCCAUACAGAAUCACCCUCGCCUCUCAAAAGGUAGCCUUCACUUCCGAUAUCCUCCAACGUAUCAUAUCGUUCCUACCAAGGGAAUCACUCUUCGCCACUCUAUUGACCAAUCGAUUCUUUUACGGUAUCACGGCGAAGAUCCUCUACGGGCGGAUCAUCAUCAGUCCACCAGAUCAGCAUGACAAGAUACAACCGAAAGAGAAAGCGGGCGAUUCCGAUUCCAAUUCCAGUACCGAUGAAGACGAUAUGGACAUGGAAACAGAUCAAGAACGAAGCACUAAGAUCACCAAUCCCAAAUCGAGAUCCAAUCCUUUCAUCGAGAUGUCGCCGUUCACCCAACACUUGUCAGAGGAAUAUACCAAAUCAUUCCUAUUAUCACUCACUGAUCGAAUUGAUUUAUACAUCCAUAAAGAAGAAGAAUGUCCCAACCGUCGAAAAACUCUCACUGCUUUACCUAACUUGAGGGUAUUGCAUUUGGCAGGAGGACAACAGAAGAAUGAAUAUCCAGAAUGGGAAGGGGGAACAUGGAAAAACAAAUUUUGUUAA